UGCCUUCUGAAGCGUCUGCUUCCAGUUCCAGGGCGGGGCAGAAACGGUUAAGGAGCCCUGUCAUCGACAAUGCGCGGCUCUGACCUUUGUCCUUCACCCUGAGAGUCACUUGUAGGGAACACGAGAAUCUCUGCUCGGCACGAAAUGGGGUCCUUUUUCUCUAGAGCUAUGGAUGAAAACAUGAAGAAUCAGAAGGAAUUCAUGCUCAUGAACUCACAACUUCAGUUAGAGAGGCAGAUUGUGAUGCAGAAUCAGAUGCGAGAGAAGCAGAUGGCCAUGCAGAUUGCCUGGACGCGGGAGUUUUUGAAGUAUUAUGGGACAUUUUUCAGCUUAGCUGCACUUGGAUUAACAGCAGGGGCAAUAAAAGGAAAGAAGCCAGCAUUAUUUGUUCCCAUUAUACCACUAGGAUUUGUUUUUGCAUACCAGUAUGAUAUGGGCUAUGGAACCUUGAUUCAUAGGAUGAAAGGUACUGCAGAAGAUAUUCUUGAAAAAGAGUCUAAUUUACUAGAAAUGCCACAGGGUUUACCAACUUUCGAGUUGAUUGAAAAAGCAAGGAAAGCUCAAAGGAAGUUCUUUGUAGAAAAGUAAAAUGAACAUCCAAGUGAAAACAUACCAAAGGAGGCUUGUCAGAAAUAAACCUACUAUUCCGUCCAGGCUGCAGUCAUCAAUGCAUUGGUGCUAGAUUCUGUAAUAUUAUGCCACACAUCUGGAAAUUAAAAGCACAAGCAUGAAUUUCUUAACAUA